AAACAGAUAAAGUAGUUUUAUAUAUUCAUGGUGGCGGAUAUAUUAUGGGCUCAGUUGAAUAUAGUAGAUUGUUUGCAAUUAAAUUUGCAGAGCAUGCUAAAGCUCGAGUUUUUUCAAUUAAUUAUCGUCUCUCGCCACAAAGUCAAUUUCCUGCUUCUCUUUGUGAUUCAGUUGCAGCAUAUCUAUAUCUUAUAAAUCCUGGUUCAGAUGCAGGAUUUGAACCGAUUAAUCCUAAAAGAAUUGUACUUGCUGGAGAGAGUGCAGGUGGCGGUUUGACUUUGGCAACAUUAUUAUUUUUAAGGGAUACGGGAUUACCUUUACCAGGAGGCGCAAUUUUAUUGUCACCAUGG